AUGAGCUCCCAGCCAGAUGCGCCGGCGGCUUCCACGCCCCAGGGCGAGAGACCGCAGCGAAAGAGUUUGACCAAUCUAUUCUCCCGUGCUCGAACAGUGCUCCGACGCAGUGAAAGCUCUACGAAGCAGAGGGAGCAGGGCGAUCCAGCGUCCGAGACAGGCGGGGCCUUCGAGCUGCCUGACAAAAUGACAGCUCCGGCUCUGACCAGGGCGCAGGAGGCUCGUGCCAGGUACGAGGCCAUGCAGGGUGUCUCGCGCCUGUCCAAGUCCGAGAUGUUCGAAGAGCGAGCCAAGAAGCUGGGCGAGCGCUUCGGCAUCGAGCUCAAGCCGACCGAAUGGCAAAAAUCCAUCGCCGGCGACACCGUGCUGCGGACAGACAAGCCCAUCCGCAUGCGCGUUCGCCGCACCUGCCACAAGUGCAACGCCGCCUUCUCGGCGGACAAGGAAUGUCCAAACUGCCAGCACAUCCGUUGCACAAAGUGCGCGCGCUACCCCCCGAAGCGUACCGAGGCGGAGGUCAUCGCCGGUCGCGAGAAGAAGGCGGCUAUCCUCAAGGUCAACAGGGAGAAUGCACCCAUCAUCCCUGACUGGGACAUUGAUGAGAAGGAGGGGGAAGUGCUUCUCACGCGUCCCGCUAGGAAGGGCGGUUCCGAUCUUGUCUACAAGAAACCGCGCCAGCGUGUGCGGCGCACAUGUCACGAGUGCCAGACGCUCUUCGCCACCGGGAGCAAGCUGUGCGCAAGUUGUGAUCACGUCCGUUGCACGGACUGUCCGCGCGACCCGCCCAAGAAAGACAAGUAUCCCUUUGGGUACCCAGGCGAUGCUUUUGGUCCAAACAGUACUCCGCGCUUCGAGUGCGCCAAAUGCACGACUUUGCAUCCUGAAAAUGUUCAGGAGGGGGCCAAGUGCAAGGUAUGUGGGCUGGAGAAGUCGGACGCAAGUCCACGGGCACAGCCGCGCAAGGUUGAGUCCGAGCCUGAACCUGAAGUUGUGAAGAGGCUGGCGGCGCGCCUGGCUGCACUCAAUGUGAGCCCAGACGCCUGA